AUGCCGCCAAUUCGGACAGCCAAGAACAACACAUUCUCAGGUGCUCAAGCUCCUGCUGACAAUCCCCCAAAGAGGAUGCUGCUCAAGUCCAUCCCCAAAGGUGUGAAGGAUGCUCGCUUUGGAAGUAGCGAUCAUGACUGGGACGGCAAGUAUGAGCAAGUAAUUGGAACGUCUACCAGGAACAUCGUCUUCGGCAGUAGGUUCGUGUUGACCGACGAUCAUAUUGACGAUAUCUUAGCCUUGGGAAGCCCAAUUUGCAAAAAAUUCGUGCACUUUAUUUUCAUAUAUGAGGAUGUGGGCUACGGUGCACGGAAUAACGCACAGUCUUUGACAAACGAGGCGGUUGUCCGUCUAGGAAAGUCAUGCCCCAACCUGAAGAAAGUUCAGCUCCAAGCUACAUCUCACGUCUCUGACGACGGCCUACUCGGCUUGUUCCAGAACUGCUCCAAUCUAACCUCGGUGGAGCUUACCGGGACUUCUCGUGGCAGUGGGGAUAAACUCUCUGGAACGGCGCUUGACGAGUUGCGAGAGCACCCGGAGUGGGUUCCCAAGUUGAAGAAGCUGAUCCUUGGUGAAGGGGAACACAACAAGUUGUUCAUGAAGGCUAUGCGCGCUUUGACCAAAGAAAGGCCAGGGCUGACAGUUACUUUGCUUCAACGGCAUGAAGUUAAGAAGUGGGGAGACUGGGAGUUGGAAGAGACAAAGAUUGAGUACAAGAAGGGGCGCGUGGCGUGGUAG